CAAGCAACAGCGUUUCCUGAAUUCAUUGGAGAAUUUCAAAAUGAAGUCGGCAAUUGUUCUUGAUGGAAACGGACCCAACCUCGCAAAACAACCACGUCGAAUUCACACUCCAAACCAUGAUUGGGGAUACAUUUUUGUACAGAAUGAGCAGAACCACUCAACUGAUAAAGCUCAUGAAUCAUUUAAGUGAUCUUCACGCUACGGAUCCUGUAUCAUUUAUAUUCAGCUAUGAAGGGGAGCGGCUAUACGGAGAGGAGACUCCUAAUAAGCUGCACAUGGAGGAUGGGGAUAUAAUACAUCUCGUGCAAUGUAUAGGCCCCCCAGCCGUCGACCUUAAGAUUAAAGAUCAGGUUUCAUCUUUCCUUAAGUUUUUAGGGUUUCGGUCAUAUUAUUGGUUCAUGUUAAUUAUAUAA